AUGUCUGUUGAAAGUAUUAAAAGGCUUGUACAAUGUGAAAAUGAAGCCAAGGAAAGGCUGGAGGUAGCUCGCAGAGAGCUGGAGGAGAUGCGGAAUCAGGCAAGAAGCGAUGCAAGGCUGAUGGUAGAGGGCCUUAAGAAAGAGAAUGAGAGCAAGCUUCUUCUUCUAGAAAAGGAGGUCGAGGAGUACAUAAAGAUUGUUGACAAAAAGCUGAAGUCUGAGCUUGAGAUGAAAAUCAAGGAACUCAGGAACAUUAGAAACAGAGAGGAUAUUGUCUCUGCUUUGGUGAAGCAUGUUUCUGGAGCAGAUCUGAAAUAA